AUGGCGAACAAUGCCAUCGGUCAGCCCGCCGACAGCGGAUACCUGAUGGAUGACGCCAAAAUCGUCAUCAAGAUCCCCGAGGUCCCUCGAGACUACAAGGCCCGUGUUGACUGGAUGAACAACAGACAGAGAGGAGCCCUGAGCCGAUUUGCUAUCGCAAGCAAGAAGGCAGGCGGGCUACCCGUGAGGGAUGAGAAAGCGCGCAUCUUUCUAGAGAAAUCUGAGCAGUACUUGGAUUUCCUCGAAUAUGAUCCAUCCUUCCAGAUGACUCCCCAGCUGAAGAGAGACGCGUCCAUCGAGGCAACAUUCGAUCUUAUCCUCCAUAAGCCGGGCUACUACUUUCCGGAUCAAUUCAAGAAACGGGCACAGAGAAUCUAUGACUCUUGGGUCGCCAUCAACUGGGGUGCCGGCGCCGAGGAAGAUGCUGAGGAGUCAGAAGAGGAAGGCUCUUCUACUGGCACGUCCACUAGGGCUGUCGUUGCCGAAGACGCUCAGGCGACCAUCCAAUACCCUCCAAGAAAUCAUCCCAUUUGGGGUAUCGAUGGAAUCAUGCACGGUCUUGCUCGAGUUGUUCGACAGAAUGGACGCACCUCCAUGGUUCUCGACCGGCGAUACCCAAAGAAGCCUUCCAAUGUCUAUGGCCACAACGAUUUGGAACCUGGCCGAUGGUUUCCGUUCCAGCUGGCGGCACUCUUCAACGGUGCGCACGGAUCUAGGCAGGCUGGUAUUCAUGGAGAUCAUCAACACGGCGCAUACUCCAUUGUCAUUUCCAGCAAGUAUCAUCAUCUCGAUAGGGACGAGGGCACCACAAUUUUCUACUCUGGUGCGGGCAGUGAUGAGAAUACAGACCCAGACCGUGUCAACCCAGGAAAGCAGGACGCUACCCUGGUUGCUUCCAUUAGAUCUCGACAGCCCGUCCGAGUCCUGCGAGCUUCCAAUAAGACCAAUCACAACGCCCCAUCCGUCGGCAUCCGUUAUGAUGGUCUGUAUCAAGUUGUUCGUCAAGAGCAGCCUAGAAAGAAUACCAAAGGAGGGCUUUAUAGACGAUUCGUUCUAGAGCGUCUGCCAGACCAACCAGACCUUCAGGAUAUCAUCAACGCUGCCCCUGAUCCCCAGCAGCGACGCCAGUUUGAGAAGAUUGGGGAGGGCUUCUGA